CUCGCGCGCGCGGCGUCCGCCGUCGUCGUCGCCCGCCGCGAUGACGUCUCCUCCUCCUCCUCCUCGCGGAGGCGGCGUCGUCGCGACGUGGGACGCGUGGACGCGAUCGACGCUGUCCGCCCUGGACGCGUCGCGGCUGACGCGGUCCCUGCGGCCGGUCGCGCCGUUCGACGCCGAAGCCGAAUCGAUCGAAUCGACGACGACGACGCGCGCGGGUCCCUCCUACUCGUCCGCGUCCUCCUCCUCCUCUCCGAUGACCGUGCGCGUGUCCCCGGAGACGAUGCGCCGGUGGCUCUGCGGCGAGCACGACCUCGGGGAAUCGCACGACGGAGGAGGAGGAGGAGGAGGAGGACGCGGCGGCGACGACGACGCGUCGGGGAGGCGUGAAGAUCAUUGGCGCUCCCUGCGGCUCUUCUCUUCGAACGACUACCUCGGCCUGUCGUCGCACCCGGCGGUGCGAGCCGCGGCGUCCGACGCGUCGCUGCGGCACGGAUGCGGGCCGCGGUCGUCGCCUCUCGUGGCGGGGUACACGCGCGAGCACCGCGAGUUGGAGACGGCGCUGGCGGCGUUGAAAAAGACGGAGGAGUGCGCGCUGUUUCCGUCGGGGUACGCGGCGAACUGCGGCGUCUUACAGACGCUCGCGGACGGCGCCGACGUCACGAUAUUCAGCGACGCCCUCAACCACGCGUCCAUCGUGGACGGGUGCCGACUCGCGUCGAGGACGUCGGGGGCGAAGGUCGUGACGUACGCGCACUGCGACGUGGACGACUUGGAGCGAAAGAUGAAUGAGACGACGCGCUGCGACGGAGGAGGAGGCGGUCACAGAGGUGGGGGGAGGAGGGGGGGUCGUCGGAACGUCGUCGUCACGGAUUCCAUCUUCAGCAUGGACGGCGACUUCGCGCCCAUACGGGCGUUGGUAGCGUUAAAAACGCGUCAUCCUGGGACGUUACUGAUCGUCGACGAAGCGCACGCGACGCUCGUGUGCGGUGCCACCGGCGGCGGCGCCGUGGAAGCGUGCGGGGUGGACGAGAUGAACGGCCUCGGGGCGGGCGUGGACGUCCACGUCGGGACGCUCUCGAAGGCGUUCGGCUCGCACGGCGGAUUCGUCGCGUGUCGUCGGGACGUGAAGCGUCUUCUCGUGAGCCGCGCGCGGUCGCAGGUGUACAGCACGGCGCUUCCGGCGCCGUGCGUCGCGGCCGCGAGCGCGGCGCUUCGAGUGGGAGCGGGAGAGGGCGAGGGCGACGCGCUGCGACGGAAGCUGUGGCGGCACCUGUUGCGCGCGGGCAUACACGCGCCGGCGAUACGACCGCCGACGGUGCCGCGCGGGAGCAGCCGCGUGCGCGUGACGUUGAGCGCGGCGCACAGCGACGAGGACGUCGCCGCGCUCGUCGCGGCGUUGAGAGCCGCGGGCGCGGGAGGAAGAGGCGCCUCCGCGGCUGGCAUGCGCCGAGCGAUCGCGCGUCCUUCCUCCGCGUUCGCCCUCGCCGUCCUCCGCGCGUCGUCGUCGUCGUCGUCGUCGACCGCGUCCGCGUCUUCGCCCGCGUCCGCCGCGCGCUUCGCCCCCGCGCCCUUCCGCCGCGGCUCGCAUUCCGCCCCGAACGGAGACUCUCAUCGGAGGGGCGCGCAGCCGGUCGGAUCGCUUCGUCGCCUUCGCGGACUCCGCGCGUCGGCUUCUUCUUCUUCUUCUUCUUCCUCGUCCGCGUCGUCCGGCGGCCCUCUGUACGUGGACGAGCGCGGCGACGCCUCGAGCGACAGCGUCAUGGCGGACGACCUCGACUCCUCGCGGUCGAGGGUGACGGGCGAAGAGAUCAUUCACAAGACGCCGUGGAUGCAGUUCAAACACCUCACGUACGUCGACCCCACGGGGAAAGAGCGCGCGUGGGACAUGGUCGCGCGGUCGACGCGCGCGCCCGGCGCGCGCGCGGACGCGGUCUGCGUCUUCGCGACGCUGCGGAAGAAGGGGGAGGAGGACACGACCUUACUGGUGCGGCAGUUUCGGCCGCCGCUGAACGGCGAGACGAUCGAGCUUCCCGCGGGGUUGAUCGACGGCGACGAAGCCCCGGAAACGGCCGCGCUGAGGGAGUUAAAAGAAGAGACUGGGUACGUCGGCGUCGUCACGCCCGGCGGCGCGUCCACGCCCGCGCUGCCGCUGUCGCCGGGGCUCACGGACGAGACCGUGUGCGUCGUUCGGUGCGUCGUGGAUUUAGACGCCCCGGAGAAUUUGACCCCGAAGCAGGAGCUUGAAGGGAGCGAGUUCAUCACCGUGCUGCGGGUCCCGGUGAAGGGGCUGAGGAAGAGCCUGGACGCGUUCGCGGACCGCGGGUAUCACGUCUUCGCGGGGUUGCACAUGAUGGCGUGCGGGAUGGAGAUGGCGGACUGAGCGACGCGAGGGGGGUACUGUAUCGUUCUCGGAUGAAAAAAACUUUUUUAACGGAGGCGCCGCCGUCGCGAUCGUCGGUUGUUAUGUACACGUACUGUAUACUGGCAGAGAAACCCACCACGCGAGCGCUCACCACGCGGCGUCAGUCUACGCCGUCGAAGAGCCCGCCGCACGGCUGUGACUCCGUCCUCGACAGGAGCUGCGAGACCUCCGCCUCGCCCGCGUACCCGCUGUCGUCGCUCUCGCCGCCCUCCUCCUCCUCGUGACUGGUUCCCAUACGACCGCGUUCGCGUGGUGAACGCCGUUCCUUAAGGACUUCGUCGUCCUCCUCCUCCUCCUCCUCCUCCUCCUCGCCUCGUCGAUCGUCGGAGACGGAGUCGCUCGGCGGCGGCGGCUGCGAGUAGCACUCGCACGCGUCCUCGUCCAAGGGGUCCGCGUCGUCGUCGCCGGCGACCGGCCGCUCGCCGAGGCUCGGCGUGGACUCUAAGACGCGUUCGGUGGACUCGAACGCGAACGCCUCGUCGUCGUCGUCGUCGUCGUCAAACGGCGACGGCUGCGACGCGUACUCCGCGAUCAUCUCUAACGCAUCCUUCGCGGCCGUUACUCUUAUUUUCUUCUUGUUUUCGUCCUCGUCGUCGUCGUCGCGACCUUUCAACGCGAGGAGCGCGAGGUCGUUCACCUCGAGCGAGCCGGGGAGGGAGAGCCCGCCGCCGGCGCCGGCGGGGAGAAGAAGCGCGGGGAGCGCCGACGAGGUCGGGGGCUCGAAACGCUCGUCCCUCGACCGUUUCGUCCCCCUCGCGUGGUCCGCCUCCGCGAACGCCUCCCCGUCGUCAUUCACGCCCUCAUCGUCGCCGUCGCCGCCGCCGCCGCGCGCGCGCUCCUCGCGAGGAGGCGCCGAGGUGUCCUCCCCGUCUCUUUCGCCUCUGAUAAGCGUCAUCGCUCGCCGCAGCGCCGGCGGCGUCGGCGUCGGCGUCGAGACGACGCUCGCGCCUCGCGCGGCGGCGGCGACGCACGCGUCGCACCGCGCCGCGAGCGCGUCCUCCGCGACCGCGGCGUCUUCCUUCGCCUCCUUCGCGCGCGUCACGAUAUCGCGCAGCAGCAGCUCUGAUGAGCGGCGGCGCGGCCUCCC